CUCAAACCACCCUUCUAUAUUUAGACUUCGAGGUGUGAGAAUUUUGUAACGCGUCAGAGUUUGACAAUUCAUAAAACUAUCGGAGUAACUGUUAAGGCAUAUCCCGAACCUCCACUUUACAUCACUAGGUCAAGUUCAAGCGUAACCUCGGGAACUUCAAUCGGACUACAAUGUCAGCUUUAAAUUACACAAUCAUACUGUUUAUCGUUGCAAUUUUACGACCGCGCAAAGUUUGGUCGACUACCUGUGAAUAUAUUAAAACCAAUCGGUGUCAUACAGUCAUAAGCGCAAAGAUGCGCCACGUUUUAUAGAGACUAGCAAAGACGCGUGAUACACGCGCACGAUAGAGAAACAAUACGAGAGAUUCCGUGGUGGCCGAAUACGCAAAAUGUGCGCACGAGUUCUGACGUGUCCGCUGUGCUCGCAACCCGGAUUCUUGACGCUUGACGCGUUACGAGCCGGACUUGUAAGUGUAGCGACUCGACCCCUCAUAUGUCCCGUCUGUAAUGAGGUACUGUUAGGGAUAGAUAAAUUAACUAUACAUCUAUUUGGUCACACAAUCAAUCUGAGCAGCGGUACAGCAGAAUCGUCUAAAUUUGCGGAUGUUGCUGCCGCCGAUAGGCAUCUGGUCGCCGUCCAUAACGCGCACAACGUUGCUCCACAGGACUGGGAUACAUUGAAGCAAUUAGGCAAAGCUGUAAGUGGCAACAAAAGAACUUGCAUAGAGCCGUCAGAUUCUGGUGUGUCAAAUGUAAGAAACGAUGUCUCUGUUGUAAACUCCCAGCCUAAAACGCAAAGCCAAAAUUCAUCGAUGAGAGGCGCGAGUCAAUCAGAUUACAGUCGUAACGUGAACAUCCUUCCGCAAUCAGACGGGAAUCACAACGCAGCCCAGAGAACGACCGCAAAUCUGCAACAAGGAACAUUGAAAAAAAAUUGUGCGACGCAAUAUUUUUGUAACGACAAUAUCAAACACUUGAACGUACCCCAGGAAGCUAUACAGGCGGAGAAAACGACUAUAUCAGAUUUAAUUAUUGCGACAAAGGUGGCAGGGACUGAAGAUGCCAACGUCUAUCGAGAUAUUGGAAGGGAAUGCAUCGAAUCGAACAGCGGCCAAUGUGUCAUAAAGGAAAGACUGAUGAUAAGAGAUUUACUUGAGGAAGAACGUGACCCUAAUUUCCAACCAGUCCAGAAUGUAAUGGCAAAUGUUUGCGCGAAAGAGCCACCAGAGGAGCACAAUGGUACGGAGAACUUGCCUGAUACGAGGAAAACGAAUGUCGGGGAUCAAAAUAAAAAUUUAGACCACAGGCAAAUAGUGCCUCACACGCAACCAAGUACCAGAGCCUUCCGUACGAUAGCGCCGAAAGAAAAAACGGAAAGAUGUAACAUAUGCGGUUUUCACUUUCCUGACACCAACAUCUUGGCUUUGCAUAAACAAUUAGUGCACGAACAGGACUCGAGCAAUAGCUUAGAGAAAGUUCCUAAGAAUUAUUCUUGCCAUCUGUGCUCCAAGGUAUUUAAAAUGCGAGGCAGUUUAAUGGUGCAUAUGAGAGUGGCGCAUAUCGGACAUAAUUUAGGUUCUUUUUCUAAAGACGACCAAAUUGAAGUCGCAUGCCCAGGCGACGCUGGAUACACGUGUCCCACAUGCGGAAAGAAAUUCAAGAAAGAGCAACAUGUGAUACAACAUUUGAAGACCCACGAGGGCAAACAGUGGGAGUGCGACACUUGCAGUAAGAUGUUCACGACCAAGUAUUUUCUGAAGAAGCACAAACGGCUGCACUCAGGAGAGAUGCCGUACAAGUGUAAAAUAUGCGACAAGAGCUUCACCUUCCAGCAAUCGUAUCAUAAACACAGACUUUAUCACAAGGAUGAUAAGCCGCACACCUGCACGACUUGCGGUAGAUCGUUCAAAGAACUCUCUACGCUACACAAUCACGAGAGGAUUCACACCGGGGAGAAGCCGUUCGCAUGCGAGACAUGUGGAAAAUGUUUCCGUCAGCGUGUUUCGUACUUAGUCCAUCGUCGAAUUCACACAGGAGUGAUGCCUUAUAAAUGCACAAUGUGUGGCAAAAGCUUCCGAUACAAGGUGAGUCAAAGAACUCAUAAAUGCCCCGUGCAAACAUCGGGCACUGCUCAGCAAUUGAUACCAGAUACCCGGGAGGCUGAGAACGGAACAGUCGGGCCGCAGACCGUCGACAUCCUGCAAGAAAGUCAAUCGAUGACGAACACCGCCGACAACGAGGAAAACAAAUUCGUGUUGAUAAUAAACGUGCAGGGACAACAUGUUUUAGCACUGCAAUCGGAAAUAAAUAACAUGUCUUCCGAAAGAAAGGAACAAGGCAUUGAAUUUAGAGAUGCUGGUAAUAGUAAUGAGGAUUCGAAGAGCAAGACGUGGGAUACUAAUGAUCUCAAUAGCGUUGGACUCGAGGAGUCGGCGGAAUCGAUUGAGAGGGUGCAAUCGCAUAACGAAAAGAUAGACGCGAAAAGCACGAACGAUUUCUUUUCCAUGGUGAUGUCGCCCCUCGAAAGCAGCAUGUCGUCUCCGACGUUCGAGAUGGAGCACUUGAGAGUAUCAUCGCCUAAGCGUAAAGAGGAUCCGAUAGAUUCUUAUACAGACUUCCCGCAGGUCUCUGACAGCGUGCAAAUAAAUCUAACAGAGCCAGGUAUGGAGCAAGGCUUCAAUCAUAACAAGGAUGUCGCCGAUUCUUUACAAACCAUAAAUGAAGAAUCACUGAAGGAACUACUGUACGGUAUGGAUAGAAAAUGAAGUAAACACGAUACUUAUAACGCGAUAGUACAAACUAACGAUGCAUUAGCAUCCGUCCUAGAUAAAUAUAUAGAGAAUUUGUUCAGAGAUA